AUGGAGGACAAAGUCUAUGGGCGGUACUGCUCAGGCGCGGGGGUCUUUGGCCUUUCCACGGCCAUUCAUCUGCAGCAACGAGGGUUCAAGAACGUGACGAUCUUUGAUAAGCAAGAUUAUCACCAGUCUGCCUACUCUCCAUUCGGUGGUGGCGAUUCAGCGUCUGCAGACCUUGCAAACCGGGCCAUUGGAACUUGGAAGCAGUGGAAUGCCGACUCUGGCGUCGAGUUGUUCUCUCAUUCUGGCUGGGCCCGGGUGACUGAUAUUGGGAGACCCCAGGAUGUCGAUAUUGCUACUUUCAAUACUCUGAAGCUUGUCGAGCUUGGUGACACCCAGUUCUUCCUUAAUAACCAUGAGGACUUGAAGAGAGCCCGGGAGCAAGGAUGGUACGGGCCCCGGUUCGACCAGUUCAACAGGCGAGAGCGGAGCUUGCCACUGGAUGGUGUAUUUGACGCAAAUGCGGGCAUGGUCCAAGCAGACCUUGCAUGCAACUAUGCUCUCCAGCUGGCUAAGUUCGGAGGCGCCACAACAAUCUCCGGUCCGGGCCAAGGAGAAUUUACCGGGUUCAUCCGUGCUGAGAAUGAGCCCAACCGUGUUAUUGGAAUCAAAACCAAAGACGGGAAAGAGCACAGGGCUGAUUAUGUGAUUGUGGCAGCCGGACCAUAUACACCACAAAUUGUAUCGGAACUGCAGUCAUUCGUGACCGCAACUGCCGGCAACUUUCAUUUUCGUCAAGGGACCCGAGCAUCUCCGGCACUGAUACGAGGCUGA